GUACUACCUGUGCUAAAUACAUUCCUGCAAAAGUCAUGAGAAUAAAUUCCCAAUCUGCUGAUUACAUUGCAAGUGAAACAAUACCCAUUAAGGAAGUUGACUCCACCCAAUAAAUCAAAGAAAUGGCCACAGAACUUCCAACAACUUUAAACAAUCUGUUUAGUUACAUUGACAGUCAUAAAGCAGAGUACAUAAAUAAUUUACGUGAAGCAGUGGCUAUAAAAUCCGUUUCAGCAUGGCCAGAUCAUAGAAAUGAAAUAGUUAAGAUGAUGAAGUGGGCAGAAAUUAGAUUAAAAGAUCUUGGUGCUACCACAGAAUUAGCAGAUAUAGGAAAACAAACUUUUCCAGAUGGACGUGAAAUUCCAUUACCACCUGUUUUAUUAGGAACCCUUGGAUCUGACCCAAAAAAGAAGACUGUUCUAUUAUACGGACAUUUAGAUGUUCAACCAGCAUUGAAAGAAGAUGGCUGGAAUACAGAACCCUUUACUCUUGUUGAGAAAGAUGAAAAAUUAUAUGGCCGUGGUUCUUCAGAUGACAAAGGCCCUGUACUCUGUUGGAUACAUGCAUUGCAGGCUUACAAAGCUAUUGGAAUUGGUUUCCCAGUCAAUCUUAAGUUUGUAUUUGAGGGUAUGGAAGAGAGUGGAAGUGAAGGUUUGGACGAUCUUCUUUGGGCACGCAAAGAUACAUUUUUGCAAGGUGUAGAUUAUGUUUGUAUAUCUGAUAAUUAUUGGUUGGGUACUACUAAGCCCUGUAUUACAUAUGGUUUGAGGGGUAUCUGUUACUUUCAUAUAGAAGUAACUUGUGCUGCAAAAGAUUUACAUAGUGGUAUAUAUGGUGGAACUGUGCAUGAAGCAAUGGCAGACCUGAUGUAUCUGUUAAAUACAUUAGUUGAUGUUAAUGGAAAAAUUUUAAUAAAUGGAAUAUAUGAGAAUGUUGCCGAAGUUACAGAAAAAGAAUUAGAUCUUUAUAAAACAAUAGAGUUUGAUGUCCCUGAAUAUAAGAAAUCUGUUGGCACCAAUAGAUUGGCUCACGAUGAAGAUAAAAUUCAGCUUUUGAUGCAUCGUUGGAGACAACCUAGUUUAUCUAUUCAUGGAAUAGAGGGUGCAUUUAGCGAACCAGGGGCAAAGACUGUUAUUCCAGGAAAAGUUAUUGGUAAAUUUUCAAUUAGAUUAGUGCCGGAUAUGACCCCUGAUGAAACCGUUAAGAAAGUAACAACGUAUUUAAAUGAAAAGUGGGCUGUUAGAGGUAGUCCAAAUAGAAUAAACAUUAAUAUGGACCAUGGAGGAAAACCCUGGUCUGAAAAUCCUGAUCAUCCACACUAUAUAGCUGGCCGGAAGGCUACAAAACAUGUUUAUAAAGUAGAUCCUGACUUGUCACGUGAGGGUGGUUCAAUUCCAGUUACUUUGACAUUCCAAGAAGUAACAGGUAAAAAUGUACUGCUCUUACCAGUUGGUGCUGGUGAUGAUGGAGCACAUUCUCAGAAUGAAAAAUUAGAUGUCCGCAAUUACAUCCAGGGUACUAAAUUACUUGGAGCUUAUUUGUAUGAAGUAUCUCAACUUCAAUAAAAAUGCAUACAGAUAUGAAGGCAUUAUUAAAACCAUACUUUAUACUGGAGUAUUAUAAACAAGCAAUUUGUGUACUAUACAGUAUUCCCUCCAUAAGAUUGCACUACUCGGUAACAAAGACAAGAUCCUUUAAAGCAGUUGAGACGAUUUUGUGAUCACUUUAUUUUUUGACGCUUUCAGUUUUAGUCUUUGUAGCUGGUCAUGUCAUGAGAUGGUAGAGAUGUUAAUACGAUGAUAUGGGGAGCAACAAAGUGCGAUCUUAUAGGGAAAUACUGUAUAACAUUAAAUCGUAAAAUUGUCAUUUUAAGGGGAACAGGUAAUAAAAGUAUCUUUUUGUAGUUUUCAUACUAAUUCUUUGAAAAUAUACGCAAAACACUGUUUUUU